GCAAAAUGGAGGUUGGCAGCAUUGCCGAAGCGCUGAAGCAGAACGUUGACGGCAUCACGAGAAUCCCUUCUGAUCGGUUUGAUCUUGGCAACCUCCCUGCUGAUGUGAAAAGCCAAGAUCCACAGCAGUUCUUGGCGUUGGAGUCUGCCUUUGAAGCAUGCAAUUCGGCAGGCUUCUUCAAGCACAAGGAGUCCUUUGCCUUUGACUUUCGAGGGGCGUCUGAAUGCAUCGACACUGCCUGCGCAUCUGGCUUAUCUGCCUUGGCCUCUGCAGAGUCCGAAGUGCAGAAGGGUGCGGAGGGAGCCAUAGCCAUUGGGAUGAUCAGUGAUCGGUGCAUGAGUUUCCAUCAAGAUGGGAAGGGCUAUGGUCGGGGAGAGGGAGUCGCUGCUGUUGCCCUGACAAUGUCCGCAGGUUGCAGUGUCCCGUACGCGCAACUCCUCAACAUCUGCCGAAACAACGAUGGCCGGUCAACAGACACCAUCACGAAGCCCUCUCCAGACCAGCAGCUGAGCUGCAUGAAAAAGGCUUGGCAGGGCCGGGCGGCUGUGUGCCAGGCCGUUGAAUGCCAUGGCACAGGUACUCCAAUUGGUGAUCCCAUUGAAGUUCAGAGCGUCGGCAGGAUGUUUGGACAGCCCAAUGGGUCAGGAGUUGCAAUUGGAGCGAUCAAGUCCAACAUCAACCACACCGAAUCCGCUGCGGGACUUGCUGGUUUGAUCAAGGCUGUUCAUGUCGUGCAGUUGUCUGGCAUGUUUCCACAUGGAGCUGGCUUCUGGAGCCCCAAGAAGUCCAUUAACUUGGAGACCGGUGGAAAAGGUUUGAUCCUUUCAACGGAGUUCCAAGCACUGCAGAUCCAGGGCGUAGGGGUCAACUCCUUUGGCUUCUCCGGUACCAACGUGCACGCGGCAUUGAUUCCACCAGCCCAGCUUGAAGACGACGCAGGACCCUCGCCUUUCUCAAGACAUGUUCGGACGCCGAUUGUGGUGCCAAUUUCAUCUCACAGCCCGGGCUCUUUGAGAGUGUCGAUGGAUGACUUGUGCAAGGAAUUGGAGACAGACUUCAGUGACGCAAAGCUCUACCAGGUGGCUCGGCAAAGUGCUUACCGAGAGGUUCGCGCCUGUCGAAAGGCCUUCCUAGACCAGACCCGCGACGCGCUGGCGAACAGCUUGAAGACCAGCGUGGAUGGGGCAGAAGAACCGGAAGCUUCAACAACCAAGCCCAAGAGAUUGGUGCUAGUUGUGCCUGGCAAUGGAUGUCAAGUGCCAAAGAUGCUGUCGAAGAAACAUGGUGGAGCUGAGACACUGGAAGCGUUCCCCAUCGCAGAACAAAAGUUCCAGGAGCUAAAGGAAGCUCUCAGCGGGCAGGACCUGGAGCUAGAUGCCUUGCUGUCUGCAGAAAAGCUUCCGGAAUCCGUUUUGGAGCAACAAAUCAUGCUCUUCGCGUUCUCGAUGGUUCUAUCGGACCUUUUGCAGGGUCUAGGUCUUCAGAUUCAUGCAGUUGUGGGGCACAGUGCUGGGGAGCUGCCCUGUGCAUACCUGGCUGGCGCCCUGACUUUGCAGGAUGCAGUUAACCUUUUGUCCCUCGGCAAGUUGGCAAAGGUGGAUGGCAACGUGCGGCCAGAUGGAGGCAUGGCAGUGGUGCGAGAGAUGGCCGUUGCUUGGCAGUGCAGGGGGCCGGUGGGAGUGGCAGACGUUGAGGGAAUCCUCAAGAAGUUCAACCAAAACAUGAUGGUCGACUCCGCCAAAAUUCACAUCGCUGCUCAAAACAGCGACCGUUGUUGCACCCUCACCGGCCCGAAGGAUUCGAUGCGCCAGCUGAAGCCCCAGUUUCAGGAGAGGUGGAUGGACCUGGAGAAGGUUCCUGCUGCAUACCAUCACCCAGAGCUGUGUAAGCCUGCGGCAGAGUCCUUCAAGCAGAAGUUCAAGCCAGCCCAAAGCUCUCCGCCUUGUGAGCAUACAGCUUCACAGACUUUCCCAAAGUUCUUUUCCACUGUGGAGGGAUGCGAGCUUGAGCUUCGCAAGUUGGGUCUGGAGUAUUGGACGAAGCACACUUUGGAGAGGGUCAGGUUCUCACAGGCCAUUGAUGCAAUUUUGGGAGAUCAAGGUGAGGGAGAGCUACUCUUCUUGGAGCUGAAGAAGCAGAACGGCAGCCACAUCAUGCACCAAGCUCGCCAAGCGGGUAAGAACGUGACGGUCUUGCCUCUCACCGGGAGAGAUGCUGGGCAGGAGGUCGGCUUCGUCCGAGCGCCGGCCUGGAUUGAGAUGCCCCUGGGCGUGUCCACGGAAUCCAGCACUCAGUCAGCCACCCUGAGCAGUGAACUGACUGAGUCAGUCGGUCAGUCCGAUGCCGGUGCUUUGCUCCUGGACACGGUGCUGCAGGAGUCCUCGUGGCGGUGCCUGGAGGAUGUGAGGUUCCAGAAUCCAUGCCGUGGGGACCAGUCCAUCGCUUUGCGUAUCUUGGAGGAUGGACACUUCAACAUCAAGACGGCCGAUGGAUCCAUUCACUAUACCGAGGGCUUUGGCAGAGAAACCGACAGCCCCAACCCUGACUGGUCUCAUCGCCUACGCGACUUGAAAGACUGUCAGGGAAGCCGCCUUGGACAAUGGUUUGGUGGGACGAAAACGUUGCCUCUUUCAAGCAUCGUGAAUCUCCUUGGCAAGGGUGGCUUGACCUAUGGCCCUGACCUGAAGGUUGCUGGCGAUCUUCGCAUCAAGGACAAGGGCCCGAAGGCUUCCUGCUUGGGCUUUUGCGAGGUCACCUGCCACGCUUUGCGCUCUGGCGGCAGUGGCGGAGCCGCGAUCUUGGAUCAAGCGUUCCAAGUGGCUCUAGGCCUCUGCUUGCACAGGAGAAGUUCGAAGAGUCGAAAGCCGCUCGAGGUGUACGAGCCCAACUUGGCUCGUGAAGGUGCUCUUCCUUCGAUGCUUGAGAAGUUGGUGGUGUUCUCUCAGGACUGGUGGCGCAACGCGGAGAAGUUGGAUUUGAUCGUCGAGGUAAAGCCGCAUUUUUGCUCAGCGAUUUGUGCCAGCUUCGCGCUCUUCGCUCCGGAUGGCUCUGCAGUGGCGGAGGUGCACCAUGUUUGGGGUAAGCUUUUGUCUUCGUCUGCGCAGCCGAUUCACGAGCUGCUGUGGCAAAUUGCACCUAGUCCCUUGCCUCAUGAUGAUGUGGCAGAUGCAACAGGAGCUGACAUGUUUGCCUUCAUUUCAGCCUGGGAAUCAUCUCCAGUCACGCAGCUUCUUGAGAAGAACCAGCUUCCAGGCCUCAGCAAAAGCAGGAUGAUUGGACCAGAGGAGAAGGGCAAGGCUUGCAGUGUUGCCUUGGCGGACAAUAAGGAAGGGGCGUGUACCAUCCUGUAUGAAUGGACCCAGGGCAUUGAUGACAAGGAGCUGGAAAGCCUCACAAGGCAAUCUGUGCCCCGCGUGGAUGAAGGCCUGCGCCAAGCUGUCCGUCGAUUCCGAGAAGUGGUGAAAUGGGCUUUAAGCCGGAAGGGCGCGCAGAUCAUUGUCAUCACCCGAGAGUCGCCGCAACUGGCGCCUUCGAAGCCUUCGAAGAGCAUGUUCAUUGCCAUGGUGAAGUGCCUGGUCAAGGAAGAGGUGCCAGCCAGGGGAAUGCUUCGCGUGAUUGAGAUGGCAGACCUCAGCGACGCCAGUGUCCUGCAGCUGGGCCUUGAGAUCCGAUCUCCUCGCCAGGACUGUUCAGAGAUCAUGAUUCAGGACAGCCAGGAGGGCAGGGCGAAUCGCUUGGAAUUGAUUCGCCAGCCUUUGAGCUUCGACUCCUUGAGUUUAACGGCGCUCAAGAGAGAUGCAGCCUACAUCGUGAUUGGCGGGGCUCGAAGACAUGGCCUCUCCGCUUUGGUGGUCGAGACCUUGGCGCAGAUGGGUGCGGGCACCGUAGUGGUGGUCGGCAGAAACAAAGAGGAUGAAACGUUCUCGAACUUCCGCAAGACCUUUAGGAACACUCGGGUUUUGGCCGUGCAAUGCGACAUCAGUUGUGUCGGCAGCAUUCCAAAAGCUCUGGAGCAAGCAGGAGUGAGGCAACCCGUCCGUGGACUCUUUCACGGAGCUGCGUCCUUUGACGGAGACAAGCUCUUCAAAGGCGUUUCGGAGGAGGCCUUUGAGGCGACGAUGAAACCCAAAGUGCUCGGCAGUUUGGCUCUCCUUGCCACAGCGCAGGAGGCCAAGUGGGAGCUGGAUUAUGUUUGCUACCUGAGCAGUGUGGUGGUCUCUUUAGGCAAUUUGGGCCAGUGCGCCUAUGCAGGACGUUUUGGACUUGAGCAUGCUUGA